UAUCCAGAGUCCCGGGAGAUAUGAAAUGAACUCUUCUAGGAAAGAGCUCGCACUUGGUGAGCUAGCAGCCGUUGAUCAGGUGGCCCACUAGAAGUAGUAAACUUCUACAGGCGUGAAUCCGCGUACGGAAAGGAAGAGAAACGGAGGAGCGAGGCAUUUCAACAGCCGGAUGCGAUUCAAGGACUCCCCCGUCGUCGAGCUCCAGGUGGGCCAUGCCCACCUCUCCAUCGAGCAAGACAACGGCUCGAUGCACGUCGGCACCUCCGUCUGGCCGUGCUCCCUCGUCCUCGCCAAGUUCAUAGACCGUUGGCUUCCAACCUCACCUUCUGCCCCCAAUCCAAAUCCCUACGCCCAGCUCCUCCAUUUCCCCAACAAGCGAGCCAUCGAGCUAGGGGCCGGCUGUGGGCCCACCGGCAUGGCCCUUUCCAUCCUCGGCCUCACCGACAUCGUCCUGACCGACAUCGCUCCCGUCAUGCCCGCCCUCAAGCGCAACCUUAAGCACAACAAGCCCGCCUUCGCCAAGGCCCCCAAGACCGCCCAGCUCUACUGGAAUAACCACAAACAGCUGGCGGCCCUCAACCCCCCGUUCGAUUUCGUGAUCGCUGCAGAUGUAGUUUAUCUCGAAGACUCGGCUCCGCACCUCGUCUCCGCCAUGGAGGCGCUCGUGGCCCCCACUGGCGUCGUCCUCCUCGGGUACCAGCUGAGAUCGCCGGAGGCUCACCAGUUGUUCUGGGAAAUGUGUGAGAGGGCCUUUGACGUAGAGAAGGUCCCGCAUGAGCAUCUUCAUUCGGAGUACGCAUAUGAGGAGACAGACGUGUUUGUACUGAGGAAGAAGUAAGGCGGAAUCGACCCGCAGUGCCUUCAGGGACUUGAACCUACAAGGCCCGUCAGUUAAAUGGUCUGGAUGACCUAACCGUGGGCUGCACUUAUACAGACUGGGCGCAUUAGGACUGGUAAUUCAUCUAUACUUGCAUGGCUAAAGAUAGCAAUUUAGUUUUAGGCAUUGACUUUAUUAGCUGUGUGGGUUUGGAUGAAUUUUUGACAUCAGAGUUCAUGGAGGAGCUCUUUUUUUUUUUUCUUUCUUUCGUUCUUUCUUCUUUUUCCCCUUCUCUUUUUAUGCUUUUUCAACAGCACACUGUCAUUUGAAAGACAAGGAUACGCACAGACAUGCCUAGAUAAAUUACCACCUCUGACUAAUGCAAAGAAAGUAUAUGAUAUUCUCAUUUCCCUUCAUCUCAACUCCCAACACUCUAUAUACAAAAUCUUCAUCUGCAUACAGUACAGAGCUUUGCUAAAGCCCGCAAGAGUAUACAAGGGAGCCCAUGUACAGGCCAACCGUGUUCCACUUGCAUGAUCCCAGAUGUCCAUCAGAUGGGUCCCAUCAUGAAGAGGACCAAAAAUCGUGUCUGUCAAGUACAGUUUACCAAACAGAUGGAGAUGUCCAUGACAAUGAGCCAAGUUUUCGUAACUCAUCCUUUUGUUGGGACAUCAUACCAUGUUCAGCCAGUGGGUUGGCCUGAUUUCUGCGUGGUGGGCAUCUACGCAGUGGGACCGACCUGAUUGAUUGCUUGGAUCAUGCGGGAUGGCAUGUAGAUGGGCCCACUUUUAUACAGGUAUGGGCUUAACAAACCUCGACAAUACAUUAUUACUUUCCUUUUGAGUUGCAAACUGCAGUCUCUGCCAUUCAUUGUCAUCAUCAUCAUCAGCUACAAUGAGCAAGGACGAGCAAAGAAAGAAUGUCAGUUGAAUUUCUGUAGCUGAUCCUCAACACCCAUGAAACAAGCGUAGAGCUCCUCUGCUUGCAACAACCCUGCAUGCUCCACAGUGCAUUUCCCAUCGCUGUGCAGAUUUGAACUCCACUCCUCAUCACAAGACGGCGAGAAAGAAGAAAAGGGUGGGCCAAUCGGGCGCAGGAUCUCUUGGGCCUUCUCCAACUCCCUUCUAAGUCUCUCCACCUCUUUCUCGAGUGACCUUUUGUCCGCCAAGACGCUGUCCAGCCUUAGCCGAAGUGCCUGGUAAUCAUGCUCGAGGCUCUGGGUCUUCCACCGUGCGCGUUUGUUCUGGUACCAGACUGCGACUUGCCGGGGCUGAAGCCCCAGGUCGCGGGCCAGCUGAACCUUCCUCUCUGGUUCAAGCUUCUUCUCAUGGUUGAAGCUCGACUCCAAGAGCUUCACCUGCUCUAGGCUAAGUCGUCUUUUGCUACGUCUGGGCUGGUGUUUGUGGUUGGCUGAUUCUGAGUAGGCCAUUUGGGGAAGUUGGGGAGUGAUGUAUGGUUUUUAGAGUGCAUGGUUUUUAUUGCAAAGGAAGAUGAGAAGGGGGGGAAGGGGGUUGAGGGUCAAUGUCACAUGAACGUGUGUUGUUCACGUGAUGUGGACCCCAUGCGCGCCCUACGCAUGCGAUGGAUCCGAUCGAUGAAUUAUUGCUUAUAUUUUUCAGUUUUAUCUGAGAUUUUCCUUUUUGAGUUGCUUACUGUUGCAAUGGAUAUGCACACUCUAAAUAAAAUAUACCUUGUCCUUGGAUCUAAACCUUUUUUA